AAUUAAAUGGGAGAAUUCCAAAUAGCAUCGGGCAACUUUCUAAGUUAGAGAGCAUAGAUCUCUCUAGCAAUCAAAUGAGUGGGAGUAUUCCAGAUGGCAUCAAGCAACUUUCUAAGUUAAAGAGCAUGGAUCUCUCUAGCAAUAAAUUGAGUGGGAGUAUUCCAGAUAGCAUCAAGCAACUUUCUAAGUUAGAAAGCAUAGAUCUCUCUCACAAUCAACUGAGUGGGAGUAUUCCAGAUAGCAUUGGACAACUUUCUCAGUUAGAAAGCAUAGAUCUUUCUCAUAAUCAAUUGAGUGGGAGUAUUCCAUUUAGCAUCAGGCAACUUUCUAAGUUAGAGAGCAUAGAUCUCUCUCGCAAUCAACUUAAUGAGAGUAUUCCAGAUAGCAUCAAGCAACUUUCUAAGUUAGAGAGCAUAGAUCUCUCUAACAAUCAAUUGAGUGGGAGUAUUCCAGAUAGCAUCGGACAACUUUCUCAGUUAGAGAGUAUAGAUCUUUCUCAGAAUCAAUUGAGUGGGAGUAUUCCAAAUAGCAUCAAGCAACUUUCUAAGUUGAAGAGCAUGGAUCUUGCUGGCAAUCAAUUCAGUGGGAGUAUUCUAGAUAGCAUCGUGCAGCUUUCUAAGUUAGAAUUUUUAUUUCUUUCUGGCAAUCCAUUAAAUAGGAGUAUUCCAUAUAGCAUUGGGCAGCUUUCUAAGUUAAAGUGUUUAUAUCUUUCUGGAAAUCAACUGAGUGGGAGUAUUCCAGAUAGCAUCGGGCAGCUUUCUGAGUUAAGGCAGCUAUCUCUUGUUAGCAAUCAAUUGCGUGGGAGUAUUCCAGAUAGCAUUAUGCAGCUUUCUAAGUUAAUUUCUUUAGAUCUUUCCAGCAAUCAAUUAAGUGGGAGUAUUCCAUAUAGCAUUGCGAACCUUUCUGAGUUAAAGUUGUUAGAUCUUUCUAAAAAUCAAUUGAGUGGGAGUAUUCCAGAUAGCAUCGGGCAACUAUCUCAGUUAAAGACGAUACUUCUUUCAAGCAAUCAGUUGACUGGGGGUAUUCCAUAUAGCAUCAGGCAGCUUUCCAAGUUAAGGACUAUAUAUCUGUCUAGCAAUCGAUUGAGUGGGAGUAUUCCAAAUAGCAUCGGGCAACUUGCUAAGUUAGAGAGCAUAGAUCUUUCCAGCAAUCAAUUGGGAAUAGGAUUUCCCAAAUGGCUUCUAUUGCAAAAUACAACAACCAUGGUUGAUCUCUCUAAUGCUAGCAUCUCAGGUCCUCUUCCAGAAAACAUUGAUCAUAUGAUGCCAAUGUUGCGAGAAUUAUAUCUUAAAAAUAACCUCAUGAACGGUUCAAUUCCAAAGUCGCUAUGCAAUUCAAAAUUUUUGGAAGCUCUUGAUCUCUCAAACAAUAUGUUUUCCGGAAGUAUUCCCAAUUGUUGGAGAAAGAAUCAAUCAUUCAAUUUUAUUGAUCUAUCUUCUAACAAUCUCUCGGGUUUGUUUCCGAGCACAAUGGGGCUACUUUCUUAUUUAUUGGUACUGCACUUGAACAACAAUAGUCUCAAUGGGGAACUACAUAUGGCCUUGAAAAGCUUCACUUCUUUACUGGUUUUGGAUUUGGGUGAAAAUAAAUUUUUCGGAAAUUUAACAAGCAUUGUAGGAGGCGAGAUCAGCAACCAUUCUUUAAAAAUGCUUCGACUACGAAAAAAUUUGGUUUCUGGUUAUAUUCCUUUGGAACUAUGCUUUUUCUCUCGAUUGCAAAUUUUGGAUCUUGCGGAUAACAAUUUGACAGGAAGGAUUCCUCCUUGUUUUGGAAAGUUUCCAAUUAUGGUGAAUGCAACACAAUUGAUGAAACGCAUUAUUGAUGAUUAUUGGUCUUGGGCACAUUUGAAGGAGGUUGUGAAAGGGAGAUACCUUGAGUAUACAAGAAAAACCCUAGGACUCGAGAGCAGUAUAGAUCUUUCGAGUAACAAUCUAAUAGGAUCCAUACCAAAUGAGCUAAUUUUCCUUAAGGAUUUGCACAUUUUAAAUCUAUCUUGGAAUCAUCUCUCAGGAAAGAUCCCUGAGAAAAUUGGACAAAUGGAGAAUUUGGAAUCUCUCGAUUUCUCCCAAAAUGGCCUCUCAGGAACAAUCCCGAACAGUAUGUCAAGUUUAACCAAGUUAAGCCACCUCAACUUGUCCUACAACAACUUGUCAGGGCCAAUUCCAACAGGCUAUCAACUCCAAACACUCGAAGAUCCAACCAUUUACGUCGGUAAUCCUCAACUUUGUGGAGCUCCACUCUUGAAGAAAUGCUCAAAUGAUGUGCUACCUCCACCAACUGACCACUUGAAGGACAACGAUGAAGGUCCACUUACAAGAAUGUGGUUUUACAUCAUUGUGAUGUUAGGCUUUGCAACUGGAUUCUGGGGAGUUGUGGGAACUCUAUUUUUUGUAAAAACUUGGAGAUAUGCUUAUUUUCAAUGGGUGGAUGAUGUCCAACAUUGGAUCCUUGUGGUUAUAACAUUGAAGGUGGCAAGAGUUAAGAAGAUGUUCAAUGGCAACCCAGAUGAUCAGUGAGUAAUAUAUGAAGUAUGUUGUUGUUGCUACAUUUAUUACUAAACUAGUUCCAUAACCAGUGUUGCAGGGUAUGGUGUCAAGUCCAACUUUGAAUGGCCAAACAUUGCAUCGGUCAAUUUUAAAUGAACACAUAAGUAUUGGGGUUUGUAAAGUUUUCAAUAAUAUAACAUAUGUUGUAAUUUUAAAGGUUUUACAAAAAUAAAAAUUCAUAAAUUCA